UAGACCUUUUUAAAUCUGCAGGUUUAGAUAACUUACAUCCAAAAGUUCUGAAAGAGCUGGCUGAUGAGCCUGUUGGACCAUUAAUGUUGAUUUUCAAUAUGUCUUGGAACAACAGGAAAGUUCCAGAGGACUAGAAGAAUGCGAGUGUCGUGCCAAUUUAUAAAAAGAGCAAACUGGAUGACCAGGGUAAUUAUAGGCCUGUCAGCCUGACAUUGCUCACAGGAAGAAUAAUGAAACCGCUGAUACAGGAUUGGAUUAAUAAAGAAUUAAAAAAGGGUAGGUAGUUUAUGGAAAACAGAUCCUGUCAAACUAACUUUAUAACAUUUUUUAAAAUACGAUUACAAGUUUUGUUGAUAAAGAUAAUAGUGUUGAUGAAAUAUACUUCCACUUCUGGAAGGCAUUUGACGUGGUGCUGCAAGACAUUUUGAUUAAAAAACUAAAAUGACAAAGUUGAUAUGGCUCACGUUAAUUAGAUUAAAAACUGGCUAACUGAUAGGUGUCAAAAUGUAAUGGUAAAUGAGGAAUCAUCAUUGAGUACGUGUGUUUCUAAUGGAGUCCCACAAGGAACAAGUUUUUGGUCCUUUGCUAUUAAACAUUUUUAUUAAUGACCUGGAAGGAAAUAUAAAAUCAUCACUGUAAAGUUUGCAGAUGACACACAACUUGACAAAUAAUCAAGAGGACAGGUCACUGUUAAAGAGCGAUCUGCAUUGUUUGGUAAGCUGCAUGUAAGCAUAGAAUAUUUGUAUUAUUUUGACCAAACAAACAUAUCUAAGAACACAGAACGUUGGCCAUACUUACGGACUCCAUCCUGGGAAGCAGUGUCUCUGAAAAACAGCUGGGGAUCCUGCUGGAGAAUCAUGUGAAAGUGAACUCCCAAUGCGAUGCAGUUGCCAAAACAGCUAAUGCAAUCCUUGGAUGUAUAAAUGGGGAUCUUGGAGUAGGGAGGUUAUAUCCCCUCUAUAUUUGGCACUGGCGAGACUCUUACUAGAAUACCAUGUCCAGUUCUGAUGUCCACAAUGGAAGAAGGAUGUUGAUAAAUUGGAAAGAGUUCGGAGAAGAGCAGUGAGAAUGAUUAAAGAACUGGAAAACCGGCCUUCUGGUAAAAGACUCAGUCUGUAAGGACUGAUUGGUGAACAGAUACUUUGCGAAGGGGCUCUUCGAUCAAGCAGACAGAGGGGCAAUGCGAGUCAAUGGAGGGACACUGACGCUACACAAGUUCAGACCGCAGAGCAGCAGCAUGUUUGAAACAACUUCCCACGGGGCACGGCGGCUACUCCCUCGCUGGGAACCUGUACCCCAGGAUCGGACUGAUGUCCCCAAAGGCCCGCUCCGGCCCAAACAGCAAUUCCGGCGGGUUACGGCCGGGCUCAGCCAGGCGGGGUCCCGGCGGUUCCUUCCGGCUGCAUGACCCGCCAGCCCGUCCCGGGGCCGGGAGCACUGUCCGUGGCGGCGGGGAGGCCGGGGCUCGGUCCCGUAGCCGGGUCAGACAGGCGGCCCGGGGCAGGGGCAGGGCCCGGGGGUCGGGCACACACCCCUGGGGGCCGCGCCCCAGCAGCGGGGGGCGAGGUGACCCCGGCGGCCCCGGGAGCCGAGCGAACCCCCCCCAGCCCCGAAUGGUUCAGACCGGGCCCGGCCCCGCCGCAUCCCUGGCUUCCCCCGCGCCGGCGGAAAUGACGUGUUGCUGGACGCCCGAACUUCCGGUGCGCAGGCAGUAGCGGCCCGGCAGCAGGAGCCCGGGGGACGCUGAGCCCCUCUUCCCGGUGGUCCCGGCCCCCCGCGGCCUUCGCCCCGCAGCCCCGCAGGCAUGCUGAAGGGGAAAUCCUUUCCCACGGUUGUGACAGGAGUGGCAUACUCUUGGCCUACUGGCUGGAUGCUAUCUGCUUGAUGAGACAAGUCAGAUGAAUUCAAAGGAGUGAUAAAGUGUGGCGGAGAAAGAGAAGCUGUGGUUGCUUUCCUGGUCUGCAGUUUGGCGGGGCACUAAGAUGUCUGUGGACAUGAACAGCCAGGGCUCUGACAGCAAUGAAGAGGAUUAUGACCCUAACUGCGAGGAGGAAGAGGAGGAUGAGGAUCCUGGGGAUAUUGAGGAUUAUUAUAUUGGGGUAGCUAAUGAUGUGGAGCAGCAGGGAGCAGAUGCCUUUGAUCCAGAAGAAUAUCAGUUUACCUGCCUGACUUACAAGGAGUCGGAGAGCACCUUGAACGAGCACAUGGUCAGCUUGGCCUCCACAUUAAAGGUGUCUCAUGCAGUUGCUAAGCUUGUAUUAGUUAGUUUCCACUGGCAAGUGUCAGAGAUUUUGGAAAGGCACAAGUCCAAUUCUGCCCAGUUGCUAGUGGAAGCACGAGUUCAACCCACCUCAUCCAAACAUACAAUGGUACAUUCCUCCCAUCACUGCGCAGUGUGUAUGCAGUUUGUCCGAAAGGAGAACUUGCUCUCUCUGGCUUGUCAGCACCAGUUUUGCCGUAGCUGCUGGGAGCAGCAUUGUACAGUACUCGUCAAGGAUGGUGUCGGAGUUGGGGUCUCCUGCAUGGCUCAGGACUGUCCACUUCGGACACCAGAAGACUUUGUGUUUCCAUUGCUGCCUAGUGAGGAGCUGAAAGACAAAUAUCGGCGCUACCUCUUCAGGGACUACGUGGAGAGCCAUUACCAGCUGCAGCUGUGUCCCGGUGCAGACUGCCCCAUGGUCAUACAGGUACAGGAGCCCAAAGCUCGACGAGUGCAGUGCAAUCGAUGCAAUGAAGUUUUCUGUUUCAAGUGUCGGCAGAUGUACCACGCACCCACAGACUGUGCCACCAUCCGGAAAUGGCUCACCAAGUGUGCAGACGACUCUGAAACAGCCAACUACAUCAGUGCUCACACUAAAGAUUGUCCCAAGUGCAAUAUCUGUAUUGAAAAGAAUGGAGGCUGCAAUCACAUGCAAUGCUCCAAAUGCAAGCAUGACUUCUGCUGGAUGUGUCUGGGGGACUGGAAGACCCACGGUAGCGAGUACUACGAAUGCAGUCGGUACAAAGAGAAUCCUGAUAUUGUAAACCAGAGUCAGCAAGCGCAGGCCAGGGAGGCCCUUAAGAAGUACUUGUUCUAUUUUGAGCGGUGGGAGAACCACAAUAAAAGCUUGCAGUUAGAGGCACAGACAUACCAGCGAAUUCAGGAGAAGAUCCAGGAAAGGGUGAUGAACAACCUGGGAACGUGGAUAGACUGGCAGUACCUGCAGAAUGCUGCAAAGCUGCUUGCAAAGUGUCGUUACACCCUGCAGUACACAUAUCCGUAUGCCUACUACAUGGAGUCUGGCCCCAGGAAGAAAUUGUUUGAAUACCAGCAGGCUCAGUUGGAAGCUGAAAUAGAAAACCUCUCCUGGAAGGUGGAACGAGCGGACAGCUAUGACAGAGGGGACUUAGAGAAUCAGAUGCAUAUAGCAGAACAGAGGAGGAGGACCUUGCUUAAAGACUUCCAUGACACAUAAGGUGGAAAGAGGUGGUGACGUGCAGGGGUGAGAGCAGCAAGCAAGGUGGCAGUGGCUGCCUCAAGAGAAAUGAGCACUGCCUGUGGGAGAACCCGGCCAAGGACAAAACCAUCCCCUCCCCUUGCACAACAGACACGUGCAAACGCCCCAUCUUAGUCCCUUUCUGUUUUUUAUCUUUCCGCUUUUCAUUUCUGCCAGGCUAGAGGCUGGAGUUCAGAUUGGCAUCUUUCCUGGGAUGUUUCCUCCUACCCCAGAUGGCUUUUGAGAGAGGGAAUUUUUCUGAAUGGCUGUUAAUAGUAUUAGAUCAUUACAAUUUAUGUCAUUUUCAACGGUUGUACAAUUAUACAAACAAACCCUAGAAUAACACACAACCCUUUUUAAAAAUAAAUUGGCAGUGGAGUGUUUUUCCUUAAUAAUCUGCUUGUAAAUUAAAUGGGCUUCUGUCCCAAAAUCCUUUUAUGCACUGAGGGUUAUGAAAUAACCCAGCUAGAUUUCCCUUUCCUCUAACAUGCGCUUUGUAGCAAUGGCCUGUGGCUGCACGAGGAGAGUGGCUGGAGCUCAGAGGGUGGCUGCUGCUGUGUUUGCACCUUACAGCAUCAGCGGUGGCUGCAGAUCAGCACAAUUGUGUGUGGCAUCUCUUCUCUCAGCAGUAGUUUGUGCUGCGUGAACCAAAGCAAAUGGAGGUGUUAAAGGGCAGAGAUCAGGUUAACAUAGGAGAUAUGCCUAGAGGUAAUUCAGAUCUUUGCAUUCAGUGAAUUUAAGGUCUUCCAUGUGGAUUUUUGCUUUAGUUGGUUUUUAGGGGUUUUCUAUGCUGCCAAAACCAUGGUGUUCGGGAGACUGUUAGAACAGUUGUUCUAACAGUGUUAAAUAGGCUUGGUCUUGUUAGGUAGAGUGGAACAAGCCAUGUUACUUCAAUGCAUACAGCUUUGUAAAGAUCAGUCAUACAUGGAGUGUAACAUGAUCAAACCACUUUGGUCCCAUUUACCCGGGCAAGACUAAACCCCAUUGCAAGUCAAGGGGGAACAGUAAUGCAUAAUGUGAUCCCCGACACACAUCUUGGCAAUGUAGACAGGCACUCAAAAAGAAGUGCUAGAGCUAACAUUGUACUGCUCUCUUAGAGCCUGCAUCAAGCCAGACUGAAAACUGACUGGUGGAGUUAAUUUAUGUGUAUAUUGGUAUUCCAGCUGCUGGAUGGUUAUUAUAAGUCUGAUUAUUGUCUGGGACUCUCAGAGCUUUUGUAUGGGCAUGUUUAAUGUAAAAUAUAAACAAUUUUUUUAAAAAGUGACCUCCCCAAUUCAUCUUAACAAGAGAGUCACUUCAAGACAGUGGCUUAAAUGCCAACACUUUACGAUGGUGGAUGUACCAUGUACAGGUGCCUAUGUAACACAUGGACUUGUACAUGCAUCUGCUAUAUGUAGGCAAAAAUGGAGUAGCUGAGUGUCUGAUCUGAGGAAAUCCCCAAGGCUAGUGUGAAAGUAGGGAAUUCCCUUCCAUGCCAUUUUCUUGAGGAAUGUUGCCCUGACACAUUCCUUAGUAGGAUAUUCUUAUUUUCACCCUUUUUGACUUGACAGGAUGAAAGACUGACUGUGAGUCUUCCUAAUUCCUGCUUGACAAAAUAAGCUGCUACUCUUGUUUAUAUGAGACACAUGCACCAUAUGACUCUACCCCCAGAACUGAGUGUGUAGGUUUUAACCAUGUGAAGGUGGGAGAAAAGAGAGGGCCCUCAGUUUGAGAGGGAUACUUAUUAGAUGAACUAAUCAUGUGGACAGAGCCUGUACAGUACUGUGCAGAGGUAAUGUUUAUGCAGCGCUUUAAAGGCGUAAAGCGCAAAGUACUAAUGUAGGAUAUGAACGGGUGUUCUAGUUAAGCUAGCUGCAGUCAGGUGAAAUUUGGCCUGUUUGCCAGAGAGGUAUAGGGAGGUAUCUUUUCUAAUCCUAAAUACUCAGCUUUGCUGCCAGAUGGUGCCCACUCCUCCCUGCUCACUCACAUCACAUAAGCAUUCAGCUCUGAACCAGGAUAAGCAUAUUUUGCUUAAACACAAAGUGUUUUAAAAUCCUCAUUCCUGGAGCAGUGUAGAUCAGAUGGCAGGAACCAAUUGCCAAAUGGCCCUGAGAGCUGACUCGCAGUCCAGACUGCUCAGACACCUUGGCGAUGAGCACUUACGAAAUCAUACAAAUACAGACUGCGUUGAAAGCCAUCUCUUCAGAAUUACACAAAACUCAAGCUUUGUCAACAGGGUUUUGUUUCUCCAAAACUCUUCCAGGAAGGAGGCUGUGACUGUCCUGGUUCCCACGUACAGAUCCUGCUUCCACCCUCUGUGUGGAAAACAAGGCGGGAUGUGUCUUUGCAGCGUGAGCCCAAACAGGGCAACAUUUGUGCAGCAGUAGUAUAGGAACAGUUAAAACUGUGGGGUGAUCCCCCCACAUUUCCUGCUCAUUCUGGCAUCUGAAAAGGAUAAGCUGCUGCUGUUUGAGAGGUGGGUGACUGAUAGGAAAGAAAUUAGUGUUCUCAGGAUCAAAGGUAAAAGGGCAAAUUCUGUUUUGUGAACACAGCCCCCUUCGAGUCAAUGAGGUGGCCUGAGAAUAGAAGUCGGAUCAGGCUAUUAACUCUAAAAAGGUACCAAUUCCGCCCGCACCAGUAACAGGGCAAUCUUGCAGUGUUUGUCCCUUCCUCUUUUUGCAGCUGCUUGCUGUUCCUAGGUCAGCCUGACGUCUCUCUCCAUCCUUGCAUCUGAGACUCAUUAUUUCAGCUUUGCUCAUGCGAAUGCACUGGCUGACUCAGAUCUCUAACAGGCAUCAGGCUUCCGGACCAUACAGUUUUCUACUAACAAUAUGAACUGCAUGACUGCUGCUCCGCACAUGAAUUGCUCACUGUACCAAUGUGGGACAGGAACAGCAGGAGGUUUCUGUACUAUAAUUUCACAUUCAGACUUUUUAAGCAGGUGAUAAAUAAAACUUUAUUUUUAAAUGAGACUUGUUCUAGGGACUCCUUUUCUCAUCUGCAUCUGCUCAGUUGGAUUGUUCUCCAGGAUUUCAGGUAGCAGCUGCUGCUGUGGGAGCUUUAGUAUUAUGGAGAGUGUUGCUGUUUCUUGUCUGCCUUGUUCUGUUGGCAAGGUCUUCUCCAAGAAACUGACACCACUCUUAGCUUUUCUCUAUAGGCAUUGGAGGGGAAGGGGCAAAGGAAAAUGCCCUUGAAAUAUUUCCCAGAGGUGGAGUGGUUUAUUUGAAAUAAAUUGUGAAUUUAUAAUUUUAAA